UCGUCUGCACAUUCUGCAUUUCGAUAUAAACCACAACACAGCUGCAGCUGGGUGGCAGGCAAGUAACAGCAGGAACAAUGGGGAAGAUUGCAUUCUUCGAGGAUAAGAAUUUCCAAGGCCGAAGCCAUGAGUGCAGCACCGACUGUCCUGACCUGCGCUCUUACUUCGGCCGCUGCAACUCCAUUAAGGUGGAAAGUGGCUGCUGGGUGCUGUACGAGCGUCCCAACUUCACUGGCAACCAGUACAUCCUGAGCCCGGGGGAAUACCCUGAUCACCAACAGUGGAUGGGAUUCAAUGAUAGCAUCAAGUCAUGUCGCUCUAUCCAAAAUGUAUAUGGAAAGUCCUGGAAGAUCAGAUUAUUCGAGAAGAAAGAUUUCGAAGGUCAGGCUGCGGAGUGUGUUGCGGAUUGCGCAUCAGUUUACGAGGCCUUCAAGUUCCAGGAAGUUCACUCCAGCGUGGUUAUGGAUGGUGCGUGGGUCCUCUACGAGCAACCCAACUACCGCGGGCACCAGUACUUCCUGGAACGUGGCGAGUACAACAACUACACAGACUGGGGCGCCACGUCUCCUGCUGUGGGAUCGUUCCGCAUGAUCACGAAGUUCUAGAACAACAUCGUCUACGCAGGGUUCUGCAGCCCGCUAUGAGAGCUAUGUGUGAACGUUCCGGUCACCAGAGUUCUGGAAUUCCUGAUGAAAUCUGGCUGAAGAGCUUAGAGUUCUACAACACUUACAAGGUUCCAAAGUCCUGUGAGAAACACAACUACAAAUUCCCCCAAGAGUCUAGAAUUCUACACCACUGAAGUUCCGGAGUUCUUGAGUCGGUUCUACAACCCCCAAAGAAUGAGUUCAAGAAGGCUAUGAUAAAAAAGACCUACUUCUUCCAUUUAAACACCUUAUCUUUUUCCCAAAACCCUGUUGCACUCAAAUAAAAACUAACAUGUGUUCUUACCCAGAA